AUGGCCGCAGCAAGCACAUCGGCUGUAACCGGUCAAAAGAGUAUGGUUGCUGAGAUGAUGAGGACUAGGCAUGUUCAUGGUCCGCAGGUGACCAAGGUGUUCUCGAAGCUUUUCUUCGAGGACAUGAUCAAACCCACUCUUGAUAUCGCCUUUGAGACAGCAAAGGCCGAAGCUGUGGAAAAGGCUGCAGCUGAGAAUACAAAGGUCAAGAUGCCAUCAAGUAUAGCCAUUAUCAAGAAGCAAACCAACCUACUGUAUCACUUAGCGUCUGAUGAGGUCAAACAACAAGUAGCGGAGUUCAUUGAGGAAGCCAAGAAAAAGAAGAAGAAAGAGUGGGAAGAGGCGAAGGGCGCAGGGGUAGCCGACCAUCAAGUAUAUAUCGAUAGACUACCUGGUGUCCUCACCAAGUUCUUCAAUAAACUUCAGAGACUCACUGGUCUCAUUUUCACGGUUCUUAUGGGUGGCCCAACACCAGCAAUGGGUGGGCAGGUCGAUGUCCAGAGCUUUCAUGUUGGUGCAACUGAAAUUGGGAAUCAGUUCAACCUCGUGUAUCCUGAGUUUAACUCGGGGAUCAUGCGGCCAUGGAAAGAGUUCGUUAAGCAUGUGUUUCUGGUCACAGCAGUGAAGGAAGAAGGAAGUGUUUGGGGUGUGAGUCGACAACCAACACUAGAGCCUGAUGUACAUGCAUCACAGACACCUGAUCCGUCUGAUGGUGCCUUUGGGAAUAUCCCACGCGAUACUUCAACAAUGGCGUCAUCCUCAAAUUUAUUUCCUCAUAUAUCUGAAUCGCUCAUAUCCUUUCUUGAUGACAAUGAGGACCUCACUUGA